GGCGGUCGUGUUUGGGUUUUGUUUUCAUUCAGGUGUCGCAUGGAAAUCUGAGUCUUCCUAGAUAAUAUUUGUAAGAUCAUUUUAAAUUGACUUAGCUCACAGGUAAAAACAACUUCGGACUGAAAAAUGAGUUAUCCGCCAUCGAAAAGGGUUUAUGCAGAUUUGCCCGUAUGGAUUGUAGAAGACCACUGUGAUGUGGUAAGUCCUAUAUAUCGGGCUAUAGCAUCAAGGCACUUGCCACUGAAGAACAUCAAGAUGGUCCAUCUGGAUUCCCACCCAGACCUCCUCAUACCUGUCAAUAUGCCUGCAGACACUGUGUUUGACAAGGACACCUUGCUCAGUGAGCUGAGCAUUGAGAACUGGAUCAUGCCCAUGGUAUAUGCUGGGCAUGUGUCUCACGUGGCUUGGCUCCAUCCCCACUGGGCACAACAGAUCAAGGAAGGAGAGCACGCCUUUUCUGUGGGAAAAGACUCCUCCACAACCACCAUCAGAGUUACAAGUAAGGACGACUACUUUUUAAGUGACGGCCUGUAUGUUCCUCAGGAUCAGCUGGAGAAUCCUAAACCUCUGGGACUUAGUGUUGUCUUAGUGAACCCCGUGGCGUGUUGCCAGAGGAGAGACAUGGAGAGGGACAUUGGGAAGAGCUCUGCCAAAAGACCCAGGAUAGAGAAAAAGGGAGCUGGGGAUGUGAAUGAUGCUCAAUCCUCAUCUGCUUCAGCUUCCAAGUCUGAGAGCAGCUCUAGUAGCUGUGCUGACAGCGUUCAGCCACCAGGUGGCAGUAGAACCUCAGGGACCAGCAGCCAUGGCAACAACAGAGAAGAGGAAAAGGAGCCACUCAAACAGCCUUGUUCAAAGACUGACAAUGAUGAGGGUUCAACGACCUACGCUGUGAACAGCCUUCUCUCCGUUAUCAAACAAACUGAUCCAUACAUACUUGACAUCGACCUUGAUUUUUUCUCUUGUAAGAAUCCCUUCAAGGAGAUGUAUACACAGGAGGAGUACACUAUUCUACAGGAGCUAUACAGCUUCAGGAAACCUAGAGAAGACCCAGACGAGGAGGAGUUGACAGAGUGUGUGGAGAGACGUAUCCGGCAGCUGGAGGAUCUGGAAGCAUUAUUUGCAGACCUGGUGGACGAUGAUAGUGAGGAGACGGUCAGGCGCUGGGCUGCCAACCCUGGGAUGACAUCUCUGGUCAAACUAGUGGGAAGCCUGCGGAAUCGAAACGAGGCCCCUGACUACGAAAUGGUGCACCAGGCGGGGCUGACCUGUGACUAUUCGGAGCUGCCCCACCACAUCAGUAGUGAGGAGGAGAUUGAGAGACUGGUCCUGGCGGUGGAGCUCGUCCUGGAGGCCCUGCCGAAGCCCACCCUUGUCACUGUAUCCAGAUCCAGUCUGGAUGAGUACUGCCCAACUGAACAGGUCAACUCCAUCCAGAGUAGGAUACUAGCCAUCCUGGAGUCUCUAUAUGGCUUGUUGGACGUCCAUAAGGAGUACGAGGUGACACCAGAGGACAACCUGCCCAAGGCAUCAUGACACAAAUCACUGUGAUGACAGAACGCAUCGUAAUUUGAUAUGCACCCAUCGAAUUACUGACUUUCACUCAGAAAUCAUGCACUGGUGUCAGUGUGAGGAUUCAGCCUGAAGAUACAUACAUGUACUAGUUUAUUUGAAAGGCUUUAAGUUAGAAGUAUGAAUUAAUGGUUGAAAAUCAAGAUAGCAUGUCUACCUGCUCCUGUUUUCUUUCUCAGGUAGGCAGAUGUCAAACAUAUCAAUAUUCACCUGACCAUUGUUGUGAAUCAGAUACUGUACAAUUUAAUGAGGACUUGUUGACUUUCUUUGUGCUGAACCCAGUCCUCGACGUGCCAGUUUUCAUAAUUUGUGUGUCAUUACUUGUUUGCCACUUUCUUGCCCAGUCUAGACAAUAUUGGAUGCAGACAUAAUUCACAAAGUGGAGGUUUUAUGACUAUGGAGCCAUUUUACACCAAAUGCAGUGAUUGCACAAAUUAUUCAACUGUAUCUGUAUGAAUUAUUCAUCUAAUUAAUAUUAUUUUUGUGCACAUCUAUUUCCCUUUGCUCAUUACUCUCAAAUAUUUUCCCUAAUGUGAUGUACCACUUCAAUACAAUCUGAGAAAAGUGCUGAUGACCACUUUUAAA